AUGUUAAACUUCAAUCAAUUGGUCUCACUGUUUGCCCUGUUCACGUGGCACAUUGUUGAGUUCGCCUCAGCAUCAUCUUCCUCUUCUAGUUAUUCACCAAUGGUCCUUUCACUACCUGCAUUUACCACUGAAUGUUUAUAUCAUGAUAUUUUGAACGAUGAAGACACUUUGGUGGUUAGUUAUCAAGUUAUGACGGGUGGUAAUUUUGAAAUUGAUUUUGAGAUUACUGCUCCAGACGGAUCCCAAUUAGUCCUAGAGAAACAAAAGAAGUAUUCCGAUUUUGUAUUGAAAUCAUUCGGUUUGGGUCAAUACACUUUUUGUUUCACGAAUUCUUAUGGGACUGCUUUAAAGAAGAUUGAAUUCACUUUGGAGAUGGAAAAGAAAUUGGAUAAUUCUAAUGUUAACGCUGAAGAUAUCGUCGCAUCAAAUGCCAUUGAAGAAAUUGAAAGAAACUUGAAUAAGAUUACCAAAACUUUGAACUAUUUAAGAGCAAGAGAAUGGAGAAAUAUGUCUACCGUGGAAUCCACUGGAUCAAGACUAGUUUGGUUGUCAUUAUUAGUUAUGGGUGUCAUGGUUGGUAUUAGUGCCGUCCAAGCCUUUGUCAUUCAAUUCUUCUUCAAGAGUCGUCAAAGAAAUUUCGUUUGA